UCAUAAUAUUCGUUGGUGUCAAUGUGUUGGACUGUCAGUUUGCUUGAUAAAUUUUGUCAGUAACAAUCAUCAAAGUCUUCUGUCUUGAUUUAUAUUAAUAAAUCAUAACCAUUCCAAUUAACAUUUGAUAUUGUUGAUAGCUUCUAACGUUUGUUAAUUAAAUUAAAAAAAUUGAAUAACAAUGGCCAACACUGCUGGACAGGUUAUCAAAUGUCGUGCUGCUGUUGCAUGGAAAGAAAAAGAACCACUGUCAAUUGAAGAAGUUGAGGUUGCUCCACCAAAAGCAAAUGAAGUUCGUAUAAAAGUUGUUGCUGUUGCACUAUGUCAUACUGAUGCUUAUACCCUUGGUGGUUUAGAUCCAGAGGGUAUAUUUCCAUGUAUUUUAGGUCAUGAAGGUAGUGGAAUUGUUGAAAGUAUUGGAGAAGGUGUUACUGAAUUUCAACCAGGUGAUCAUGUGGUACCAUUGUAUACACCUCAAUGUAGAGAAUGUAAAUUUUGUUUAUCACCAAAGACAAAUUUAUGUCAAAAAAUACGUACAACUCAGGGUAAAGGUGUUAUGCCUGAUGGAACAUCUCGUUUUACUUGUAAAGGAAAAACAAUUAGUCAUUUUAUGGGAUGCUCUGUCUUUUCUGAGUAUACUGUUGUUGCUGAUGUAUCAAUUGCUAAAAUUAAUCCAGUUGCACCUUUAGAAAAAGUAUGCCUCUUAGGAUGUGGAGUUCCAACUGGUUAUGGUGCUGCUUUAAAUACAGCAAAAGUUGAAAAAAAUAGUACUUGUGCUAUUUGGGGUCUUGGAGCAGUUGGUCUUGCUGUUGCACUUGGCUGUAAAGUUGCUGGUGCAUCACGUAUUAUUGGCAUUGAUAUUAAUCCAGAUAAAUUUGAUGUUGCUAAAAAAUUUGGCUUUACUGAAUUUAUUAAUCCAAAAGAUCAUAAUCGUUCUAUUCAAGAAGUUCUCAUUGAACUUACUGAUGGUGGACUUGAUUAUACAUUUGAGUGUGUUGGAAAUGUUGAAACAAUGAGAGCAGCUUUAGAAGCUUGUCAUAAAGGAUGGGGAACAUCAGUUAUUGUUGGUGUUGCUGCUGCUGGAAAAGAAAUAAGCACUCGUCCAUUUCAAUUGGUAACUGGACGUGUAUGGAAAGGAACUGCAUUUGGUGGAUGGAAAUCAAAAGACAGUGUACCAAUAUUAGUUGAUGAUUAUUUGAAUAAAAAAUUAAUGCUAGAUGAAUUUGUCACUCAUGAAAUGGCUUUUGAUAAAAUUAAUGAAGGCUUUGAAUUAUUACAUUCUGGAAAAUGCUUGAGAGCAGUUUUAAAAUUUUAAAAUAGAAAUGUAAUUAGAUGAAUUAUUUUUUCAUAUAUUGAGUAAUUUUUUAAUACACGUAAUAAAAAUUUG